AUGUUCAUGGGCUCUGAAGCAGAACGUGACUUAAAAGAUCUAAAAAAGAAAUUAAAAGACAACUUUCAUGUUGGCCCAUUGAUUAAAAAGUGUUGCACCUUGGACCAGGGAAAAGCUGUGAUUACAUUUCUUGAUGCAAUUUUGGACAAAACACUUGGUAGCACAGUGGCUUUACUUGCUGGCAGAGGGCGUGGAAUGUAUUCAAAUAUAUUUGUGACUGCUCCUAACCCAGAAAAUCUCAAAACUUUGUUUGAAUUUGUAUCAAAGGGAUUGAAUAUGCUAGAGUACAAGGUAUGUCUUGAAGGAAAAACUUCACGAGCUUCUGCAACUCAGAAGCUUAAGUUGUGGUCAUCAACCAAAUUCCAUGGAAAUUCUGUGAACAAUUCCAAGAUAAAAGACUUUCCACGUCUUUCUGGUGCUAGAAUCGUCCUCAUCGCAACACAUCCAAAUGCAAUGAAGGUACUUUGAAGGUCAAUGCACUUCCAUAUCUGAGGAAGAUGGUGUCCAAAACAAACCAGAGUCUCCACAUCUCAAAAUCACUGAAGCUACUGAGAAAGUGUCAUUUCUUGUUGAAGAAAAUAUAAAGCCAAGAUCCAAAUUCCAACCUACCUCCUCUACUUAAUUCUGUGGCUGGUGAACACACAUGUAUGGUUAUAAAACCGCUGGAAACAUCUGAUGAUGAUGAAGUUAAUAAAGAAUCAAAUGAAUUGGGAUUUUUUGGUGAUUUUUAUCGAGCUUUUAAGGCAGCAUUUGCAAGGCUUUUGUGUUCUCCAAGAUUUAACACAAUGGAAUACAAGCUUGCAAUGAGAUUGCAGACCUGAAAUUGCCUCUUGCAUACCUAUACUUCCAGGAGAAGUUUCUAGUUACAUUAUCAUAUGCUCAAGCUUCUGUGUUACUAUGCAUGGGAUUACAGAACCAAGAUGAUUCAUAUGUCGAGUUUUUUUUUCUAAGUACUUAAAAAGUGUUUAUUUAUUUUUAACGUACAGGGAGUGAUGAAGUUGGAAAGACAACAAAUAUUUUCAUUAUUCAUGAAAGUCAUGAAAAAGUUUCAGAAAUAUUUGAAUUCAGCAUCUUCAAAACAGUUCAGUGCCACUCUUCACGUAAUCAAAGAAGUUAUGUUGAAACCAUAUUUGAUUUCUGUGGAUGAGGAUCUUGAUGAAGCUGCAAAGAAAGAUGAUAUGAAGGCAUAGAGUGAUGGAUUAUUGAAUCCGGACUUUCUUGAGCGGUAUGCGAUUGAUGACAAUGAAGUGGAUUUUGAGAGUGCUUUCCAAAGUAGUGGAAAGAUACCCUCAGGUGGUGUAAUUCGUGUCAAGUCUUCUAGUAAAAGUAAAACCAAAACCAAGGAAGAAAAACAUAAACAUGGGACACAAAAAGAUAAGAGUGAAAAAAAAAAAGAAGCAAUGUAGGACAUUCUUCCAAAUUAUCAAAGAAGAAAAGAACAUCAUAGUAUAGUAUGGGUC